UAGCAUAUAGAUAUAUCUGUUCUCCUUCUCGCACGUAUUGGCCUGUAUUGUGUAUUACGCGCCAAUGGCCGAGAGCCGAGACCUGAGACGCCGAGACGAGACGGGCCGAGAUCAGAUCGCCAAGUCAUAUUGUCGCAUGACGAUCAAUGACGAUUUCGUACGGCACGUAAACGCCUGCAUGCUCGCAGUUAUGCGCUUCCAUUGUGAAAAUACAAGUGCUUUAUGGUGAUAAUAUGUCAAAACCAAACAUAAGGAAAAUAACGGCUGACCCUACGAAAUGUAAUACAGACUCUUCACGACGGCCGAGUGUGUUUGAGAGGUUGGGCACCAAACCAGCGAUCGCCGCCGCCACCGCCGCCGCUCAAAAUACAUCGGAUUAUUGCAGAAAUUGGGCCCUCAACGGCAGUUGUUCCUACGGAAAGAAUUGCAAAUACGCAAACACACACACAUUGAUAAGCCCAUCCAAGCGUGCUAAGAAAGAUAAUGCGAUCGCAGGUACAUCUGGGCUCAUUGCAGAGGAUCCCUUCAAACGGCUCACAUCGAAGAUCGUGAAAAAGGCAUCGCAUAGUCCGGACUUAAACAUAGAAGAGUGGAAUCAGACAGACCUCGAAUACGAGGACGAGAAAGUGUUGGAGAGACGGCGGCAAUUGAUACAACGGGAACUGAAAUUACAAAUGAAGAAGGACAAAGAAGUACAUGGCAAGGAUAAAGUAAGGCAGAAGAAAAAAGCGAUGAGCUCCUCCUCUAGUUCGCGCACAUCCAGCACGUCUAGCAGUAGCAGCAGCUCUAGUAGUGAAGACUCCUCUUCUACAUCCACGUCAGACUCGCAUAAGAAAAUCAAAAAGAUCAAGACUAAGAGACAUCAUAGUAUUUCUGCCGAUUAUAGUGAGGACAAAGAAAGAAAGAAAAAAUUGAAACUCAAAAGACUAGGAACAAGAAAUGACAAAGCCAUCAAUAAGAAGAAACGCAAACUUGACAAUUCCACAAAAAAAGAUCUUACUACGAGACCAGUCAAGAAGUAUGGUUCGUCGUCUGUAACUAGGAAGCAUACCAACUCAUUGCGCGCUAGAUCACCUGCGAUACAGCAGGGAUCUACGAGUGGAGUCACGUCUGCAGUGGCCGCAACGUUGGGCUCGCAAGUUUCUGUGGCGCAUCACGCAUCAUCCAGCAAAAUUCGAGAAAGAAACAGGAGCGAAUCACCGAAAGCGGUAAAGAAUAAUCGAGAAGUGGACAAGGAGGACGGCAGGCAUUACAAGAAGGUGCGUGAUAUGGAUGAGUGUCUGUCCAAGGACGCUGUUAAGUGCAAGUCAUUCGAUAAAAUCAAAGAACAACAGGAGAAAGAAAAGAACCGCGCUAUUGAUGAAAAAACCAAAUUAGACGAUCGGUUGAGGUCCAAAUGCAAGGAGAAGGAUGUGCGUUCACGUACGCCGCCGCCGCCGCCGUCGUCAUCGGAACGAUCAUCUAAAUAUCAGCACGUUAAAGAGAAUGCGUCAUCAAAAGUACAACGUAGUCGAACGCCAUCGAGGAGACGCGAUCUUACCCCGGCGAAAAAUGCGGAGAAGCAAAGCAAUUCGUCGAAUCGCGUGAGAGAUGCAGAGAAGAAAGAUCGCGACUCGUACAAAAGAGAUAAAAGCAAAGAACGAGAUGAUGCGAGAAAAAACGAGCAGACGUCUUCCAGUAAAACAAAGCAAACAAUAACUUCGAAUCAAGAUGACAAUUAUCGAAGGAACAACACAAAUAAGGACAAUUUUGAUGAUAAGACCUACGGUGGUGAUAAAACGCGACAGAAAAGCCGUGAGCGUCAGCGCGAAAAGGAAAUGAGAGACGAACGUCCCUCGAAACUGACUCGUGAUCAGCGCCAAGAACCACAACGCGAUAAGGAUAAGGAUGAAUCUCAGGAGCGUUGUCGGAAUGAAAGACAGCGCGAGCGUGAUCGCGAUCGGGACCGAGACCGAGAAAGAGAACGAGAGCGCGAAGUAGAGAGAGAUAGAGAUCGCGAACGAGAACGAGAACGCGAUCGUGAGCGGGAAAGAGAUCGUGAAAUACGAGAACGAGAUCGCGAUCGGGAUCGAGAAAGAGAGAAGUCUAUGAAACCACGCGAAAGAGACGUGUCUACGGUAAUUUCACCCGCGGCAUUGAAUCUAUCGGCGGAUAAGAGUUCGCGUUACAAUAGCAGAAUCAAGGAACGACCUUUAAAUAAGGAUGUGUCGUUUGAGAAGAGCGGCGGGACUCGCGAGCGAAACAGAAGCGAACGCGAACGGGAACGAUCUGAAACGAAAGCUCUCGCUGAGCGUGAACGGAGUUCCACACAGUCACGAUUGGAUGGAAGAUACGAAAGAAAUACCGUUGUCGAAAAGGACGUAUCAUCAAGUCGCAGCAAGUCGACUGUCAAUUCACCCCGGGAUCGCAUGGAUCGUUUUCGCGAAACGUCUUUAGAUCGUGCAUCCUUACACGAGAAGAGUGCGCAUGUCGCGCCGUCGUCGAGCGUUCAGUCAACAACGACGUUACCACCCGUACCUUCAGCUUCAUCUUCCUCAUCAGUAGUGGCUGUGACACCCACUCUAUCAUCUCGCGAUCAUCUUAUAGACAUGGUGGACAAUCACUACGACAGGGAUAGGCACAGAAGGUUCGGCGUGAGAUAUGAACGGGGUCACACGUCGGAGCACAGUAGCAGGAAAGAUCAGGCACGAAUAGAAUCGAGUCGUGUUCCGAGCAAAAUCAACCGGAUAGUGGAUCGUCGGGAUGCAAACAGUCCGCGACGCACCAUGGAAGUGGACAGGAACUUUGGUAGGAACUACGGCAGAUUGCCGGAGCACUGGGACGAGCAGGAAGAAUCAGCUCCACACGUUGAGUAUCGGGAUCAUGCCCACAUCCACGAGGAUGACAGGAGAAAGACUAUCGAGGGUAGAAGGUUUGACAGUCCUUUUGAAGAGAGACGCGUUGCUCGCGACGAGAGAUCCAGAGAGGCAAGAUAUGUGAUCCAAACUACAGAGCGACCAUCCUUCGAUGAUCAUCGUCAUCAUCAUCAUCAUCAUCGACAUCCUCUGUAUCCUGGCGAUAAGUUGAGAAAUGGUGGAGCCAAUAUCAGAGAUGAAACUGUUUCUAAUGAUAAUUGGGAAGGACAUCACCGUGAUGUAGAACACGGUCGAGACCGUAGUUAUCAGACAGUAGAAUGGGAAGAAAGAGAAUGGCGCAGUAGACCAUUAUGGGAAAGCAGAGAUAGUCUUCCUCGUUCGGAAAUACAUGAUGACGAGUGGAAUUCUAGAUAUGAUAAUACUAUAAGCGACUGGAAGCCUAAUGAUUCACGAAAAUGGGAUAAUCAGAACGUUCACGUUCGAUCGCAUUACAGAAACGAACGCACGAAGGACUUGGAGCACGGAGAAUCUACGCAACAUAACAAAAGACGAUCGUACAAUGCGCCAGAAACAAGAGAAGAACCAGUGAUUCAUCCUUCUGCUAAGCAAGCUGCUAUUUAUGGCAGCAUGAAAGAAGAACCUAUCAACAAGAAGUUGAUGGAACUUGCUGAAGGUAGAUUGUGCACAACUACUAGAGAAAAAUCCACGGAUAACUUCCAAAAGAAGAAUCAGCAAAAGGAUAAACCUGAAAUUAAGGAACCUGUCGCGGUGGAACCAAAGCGUCCCGUUGCCGAUGAGUCUUUACAGACUCUUCAUACCGAGAGUGAUUUGAGUGAUAUUAGCGAUGAUCCUGAUGAUAUAUUGAACAUGGAAGAAGAUACUACAGAUAUGGAAACUAAUAAAACACGGACAAAUAAGAAAGCAUCAGAUACUGCUCACCGUGAUGUACAAUCAACAGUACAAGAGCCAGCUCAAUUAUCUCCGAAAGAACCUGCAGAAGAAACUAUUUUCAGUUCAAAAUCUAAGGAUAAUGCCGAUACAGCGUCAUUGAAGAAUAUGGAAGACGAUAAUAUGGAGACUAUGGACUUUGAAGAAAUUUCUGAUGGUGAGUUGGAGGAGGACAUCAAAACGAGCGGAAAAGGACUAGGUGAUGCCUUAGGAGUCGAUUGGGAGUCUCUUGUGAAGGAAACGCAAGCGAGGAGAAUUGUUCCGUCCAAUCCAGACUCUGCGGAGAAUCGAUGGCAGUGUAAAGCUAUCUACUAUAGAAUCGGUAUAUCUAAGAAAUAUGCAGGUGAAGAUUUCAUGAAAAAGUUGGUAAAAAAGUAUGAGAAGAAUGAUCAUAAAGAAUUUUUGCUGAAUGAUAUUGCGCUAAUGCACACAGGACUUGCACGAAAUCGGUUACUUCAAGAUUUAGGUAAUAAUGCAAUGCAUGCUGUAGACGAUACUUUGUAUAGAAAUAAUAAUGCAAGUUACGAUGAAGACGUAGACUAUGAUUGGGAAACAUUGAAGCCAAGUACCGCUUUGUACGAAGAAGCGAAAUGUUUAUUACAGCAAGUGAGAUGAGAAAGAUAAGUUUUGUACAUAAAAUUAUGAAUAGUCACUGUUUCCUUGUAUUUAUAUAUAUAAAGUAUAUUAUACAUAUAAAAUGUGUGUGGGAUAC